AUUGUAUCGAAAGUUCUAUUAAAAUCAGUUCAAAAUGUCCGAAACAAAAUUGUGAGAAAGAGAUAGAAUCUGUAGUUGAUAGUAUGCCUGGGAGUCAGGAUCUUGAUUUAAUGGUUACAUCACCUACAAUAUUUAAAAGUCCCAUAAUUACACAGAAAAGUGAUACAUCAAAAAAGCGUACUGGAGAUUACAUAUUAUUUUCUAAUCAACCAUCUAACAAAAAAACAAAACAGAUAAAAAAAGAAUCGCUUACACUAAAGAAACUUAUAAAAGAAUUAUCUACCAAGCCUAGUACUCUACAAGAUCCUGUAAUUAGAAAAGAAAAUGCAAAUAAUUUUGUUGAUUUAUACAAUAAUAUAACCUAUGCAGAAACUCAAAAUGAAAUUAUAAAUCAAGAAGUUAUAACCACCUAUUAUCUUUUUG